UUAAGAUUUACUCAUCGAUAGUAUUAUAAGAAAUACCAAUGUACUCGAUAUAUCGAUACUUGUCCUCGACAAGUAUCGAUAUGCCAACACACAUUCAUUCAUAUACGACGAUCAAGAAAGAAGAACAUAUAAUAAAACCGUGCGAGUAAAAGUUUACAUAUCAGGUGUGGGGUUUGCCCAAAAAAAAAAAAACUCUGCGAUGAACUAUGCAGACAUAAGAGCGAAAACCAAAAGUGAACUUAGCGAUAUAUUGCGUAGGCAAAACGUAUAUUUUGAUCAAGAUGCCAACAUACACCAAUUACGUACAGCAGUGAAAAAAAUCAUGGAAGACACGCAUGAGCUAGGAAAUACGGCGCCAAGCGCAGACGAGACUAUGCAGGCAGACAUUUUUGCAGUCCCGGUUGAGCGCGAGAUAGAUAGAGACAACCGUAGUGCACAACACGCAGUAAAAGCGGCGCCAGAAGAAUAUGGUGAAAAUGUGCAGAAGGCUCGAGAAGCAUUCAUGCCGCGACAAGACAACGCUUGUUCGAAAUUGACCAUGCGAUCAGAUGAAUACGAAGAAGAAUCGCGCCGUUUGCAGCAGUUGGAACAAUUGUACGUUUCUCGCAAGCGCUUAGCUGAUCUCAAAUUAAGCAUAUUGAAAACGGAGAAAGAGGCUAUGGAGUUGGAAACGCCGAGAGAUUGCAUCGACUUGACACACAUUGAGGCGUUGAUACGUCCAUUUUCUGGAGAUGACGACCAGGCUGUAACCAGUUGGAUAAGUAACUUUGAGGACAUUAUGAAUUUCCAUGGUGUAUCCGAGUCAAAAUGCUGGAUAUUAGCAAAGCAGCUGCUAGGCGGAUCGGCGAAGGCGUACAUCGACCAUGUGGCGCCUUUGACUUGGCAAUUGAUGCGAGCAGAAUUGCUCAACGUCUUUGAGCAGACAGUGACAGCGUGGGACAUUGGAAAGCGACUGGAGGCACGGAAAAUUGCAAAUAAUGAAAGCGCAUUGCAAUAUUUCGUCGCCAUGUGCAGCAUAGCGUCGCAGGCAGACAAGGCCACGAGCGUUGUGGUCAAAUUCAUCGUAGAGGGACUGCAGGACAAGACGGGCAUGACAGCAUCCAUGCUAUACUGCAGCACACUCAACGAGUUGCGUGACAAGAUGGUCACCUAUGAUAAGGUCAGAAGAGCUCCUGGAGUACCAGCCACCUAUAUUCGCAGUGCCCGAAACGAAAGAUGGCCACUAGGGUAGCUGCAGUUCAAGAUGAGGAGCGACCAGGAGAAAAAAACAACGACGAUUUAGCGGCUGUCCAGUUAAUCACUUUAUGACUUCCGUUUGGUGAACAAAGAGGCGUCAGUAUUUUUAGUCUAUUUGAUACAGGUAGCCCUGUAAGUUUUAUUCAUAAGUCUUUGAUACCGAAGUCGGCUAUAGUUGAAGCCUAUAAUGAAGUUAGGAAAUACUAUGGACUAGGAGGACAACCAAUUCCCAUAUGGGGAAAAUUUAAGGGCCAUAUUGAAUUUUGCACAAAGAAAUAUAUCGUUUUAUUAAACAUCGUAGAUGAUAACAUGCUGCCUUUGCCGGUAUUGUUGGGACGCGAUGCCCUUAAAGUUAUUGAAGUAAAAUUAGUUCAUAAGAAAAAUAUCAAUGCGAAGCAACACACACCAUUAAGUUCGUUAAAGCAAAAAGCUAUUAGUUUAACCUGCGCGUCUUUAUUCACCGAAAGUAAAAAUAAUAUUAACAUCAGACUAUAUGAUAAGUUAGAUGGUAAUCAAUCAGAAAGAAGCGAGCUAAUCAAACGUUCUAAUCCAUUUAAAAAUCAGACACAAGAAAACUCAAGGAAUGACAAAAUGGUCAUCGAGAAUAUGAA